ACACUGCUAUUUUUGAAAGUUUAAAAUACUGUCACCUCUCACCUCUGCAAAAUCAAAAAAUUUCACCUGUCUACUCCUAAGAACUUUGAUAUUUCCAUAAAAGCCAUCAAAAUUGUUACUUUGAGUAACCAAUUAGAGUUUUUUUUCCUUUUUAAAUUUCCAAAAUAGCAAAAAUUGCUCUAAACAUAGGCUUAAAAACACCUCAUAGACUUCUUGAAGAGAAAUUCAUAUUUUUAUUACAAAAAUGUAAAACUAUAAAUCAAGUUAAAGAAAUUCAAACCCAAAUUAUAACUCAAUGUAAUGGUAAUACUAAGUACAUUAUCCCUUCUUUUUUGUUAAAAUGUAUGGAAUUCAAAGAAAUUUGUUAUGCACACAAAGUGUUCGAUAAAAUGCUUGAGUUAGAAGAUGCUUCUCCUUUUAACAUAAUGUUUAAAGGGUAUAUUCAGAAUGAUAUGUACAGGGAUGUAGCAGUGUCGUUUCGUCGUAUGAUGAAGGAAAAUGUUAGGCCAAAUUGCUUUACAUUUCCUAUGGUUUUGAAGUCUUGUGGAAAGUUAUUGGCUUUAGUAGAAGGUCAAGAAGUGCAUUGUGUCGUGUUAAAGGUUGGUUUUUUGAGAAAUAGUUAUGUGGGUAGUGCUUUGAUUGAUAUGUAUUCGAGCGUUGGACGAGUUAAAUGUGCUUAUAAGGUGUUUAAUGAGAUGGUUAUGAGGAAUGUGUUUACGUGGACUAGUAUGAUCAAUGGAUAUGUUGCUAAUGGUGAUUUGGUGUCUGCAAGAAUGCUUUUUGAGUUGGCGCCUGAGCGAGAUGUUGUGUUGUGGAAUAGGAUGAUUACGGGGUAUAUUGAAUGUCGAGAUAUGGAAGAGGCUCGAAAGCUUUUUGAUGUGAUGCCAAACAAGGAUGUGAUGUCAUGGAAUACUUUGUUGAAUGGUUAUGGCAAUAAUGGGGAUGUUGAGGGGUGUGAGAGUCUUUUCGAAGAGAUGAAAGAGAGAAAUAUUUUUUCGUGGAAUGGUUUGAUUGGAGGGUAUGCUCAUAAUGGACGUUUCACUGAGGUUAUUGACGCGUUUAAAAGGAUGUUAAAUAAGUUUGAUGUGAAGCCUAACGAUGCCACACUUGUGAACGUUUUGUCUGCUUGUACGAGAUUAGGUGCUCUUGAUUUGGGUAAGUGGGUGCACGUAUAUGCUGAGAAUAAUGGGUAUAAGCACAAUGUGUAUGUUGCCAAUGGGUUGAUCGAUAUGUAUGCGAAAUGUGGGGUGGUUGGUAAUGCAGUUGAGGUGUUUCGGAGCAUGGAUAGAAGAGAUUUGAUUACCUGGAACACGAUCAUUAAUGGCUUAGCAGUGCAUGGUCGGGGUAGUGAUGCCUUGAGUUUGUUUGCCGAGAUGAAGAGCUCUGGAGUAAAACCGGAUGGAAUUACUUUUAUUGGAGUGUUAUGUGCGUGUUCUCACAUGGGAUUAGUCGAAGAUGGGUUCGCCUAUUUUAAUACGAUGAAGAACGAGUAUUCCAUCGUGCCUCAAAUUGAGCAUUAUGGUUGCAUGGUUGAUCUAUUAGGCCGAGCUGGUCUUUUGGAACAGGCUAUGAAUUUUGUGGAGAAGAUGCCUAUACAAGCUGAUACUGUCAUUUGGACGGCAUUACUUGGCGCGUGUAGAGUAUACAAAAACAUCGACUUUGCAAGACUAGUUCUCCAGAAACUUAUUGAGCUUGACCCGAAAAACCCUGCAAAUUACGUUAUGCUUGCAAAUAUCUGUGGUGAUGCUCGGAGGUGGAAAGACGUGGCUGAAAUGAAAGUGGCGAUGAGGGACACUGGAUCGCGGAAGGUUCCAGGAUGCAGCUUGAUUGAGGUCGAUGAUGAAGUGGCUGAGUUCUAUUGCUUCGAUGAGAGACAUUCCAAAUCAAAAGAGAUAUAUGGAGCCUUGAGAAGCUUGAUGAAGGCAUUAAGAUCAUCUAGCCAAGAAAAUCCAUUAUUUUUAAUGGAUUAAAAGUUCGAUUUCUUCGAUCAGAAUCUCUUUCAAAUGUUUCAUCAGGAUCACCGCAGUUGAAAGCUCAUCCACUACAGGCUUCAGAUGACGGUAAAUGAGGUAAGUGUUGUAUUAUUAACUUGAGGUCGUUGUAGGAACCAAUAAACUUCAUAAGUUUCUUAUUUUUUGCCAACUUCAAGGAUCUAUCCUUGGUUCUUCCGCGGUUAGGGUCAGUAAUAUCUUUUUGCCACAUGAUAUUCCGAAAAGUAAAUUCCAGUGUCAACAUUGUGAAGUUAUGAUAUACUAAUUAAAUCGGUGA